GUGAGUAAACAAAAGAUUAGGUCGAUGAUGAAAUUAGAAAUUUCCGUGAUUUAUUAGUAUUGGUUGACAAAAGCCAAAGCUUAGUGUUUUAAUUUAAGAAAAACUUAUCGAGGAAUGAAUUUAAUAAAAUAACAUACUAAAAACUUACAACAUACAAAACUUAUUGAAGAAAGUUUAAAAAAAAUACCGAAUGCCGAAACUUAAAUCGAUAUUCGGAACCCACCGAGUCGGAAGCGACGAUUUGGCGAUAUCGUCGGUUGUGGAUAUCGUAUCGCAGUUGUUCUGGUACAUCUGGCUGAAAUAUUUUUCAACUUAUUCUUCCACCACAACCGAAACAGCAUCGUCUAUAUACACUAGCAGCAGCAGCAGUAACAACAACAAAGACACUAUAUGUGAACAAGGAUACUUCUAUUACGUCAUCAUGCCGAAUUUAUUCCUUGCGAAUAUCGGUGUAUCAGUUUUGAUAUAUAUAUUUUCGCUGAGGGGUACUAUGAUAAAUGAUACACCCAGGAGAUUUAUAUCAUAUUUUGUUAUAUUCAAAUUCAUGCUGGACAUCUGCUCAAUGCUGAACCUGAUAGCGAUAAUUGGUGAGCUGAUAUACUACGGCGUGUGCUCGUUUUACCUAAUCUUCGAGAUCGCCAUCUUGGGCUUUGUAGUGCAACUCUCCUUCUUCACCAGCUGGCACUGGCUCAUCCCCUCCGCCCUCAAGAAGACCAAGGUCCAUCAACUCCUGCCCGAUAACUUCAAUGAAAGAAAUUUUACAAAUCACACAACCAUCAACCGAUCUAACUUCCACCAAUCUUCCUCCUACCCCAUCUCUCAGGAAGACCUUGACAUUAGUCACGGCGACAUUUUCUGCGGGGCCAUCAUUCUGAGUGUCAUUCAAGAAAAAAAACGCUCCAGCACAAACAGGUCGUGUUCUUGUUUCGAGACGAACCCAACAAACAAGCCAAUAGUGAUCCAAACCUGGAUGAACGUCAGAAACGCCAGGCACUACCUCAGAUACGCCAGCGGCAUUUAUGGUUGGCAGUUUUUCGUCAUGUCCGAGGGCAAGGAGUGUUACGGUCUUAUGUCGUAUUUUAGAAAGCACAGUCGCAAAAGUCUAGUCAGAACCCAUCCUCCAAACAAAGUGAUCAACGACGGCUGGCUUCUCAACUACAGGACAUUCCUAUACUCGACCGGACUCUCUGAUAAGGAUGUCAUACACGCUAACUACGGAAAUGCUAUGUUUCAAAUUUGUAUGGUUGUAUCAGUUGAUCAUGCAUACAAAAGUAUCGUACUUACGCUCAGAGGCUCUAACAGUUUAACGGACUUUCUAAUUGACGCCGUGACGAUUGACAGCGGUCCCCUCGAUAUACUGCGUGUCCCUGGCUCUAAGGCCCAUUAUGGAAUGCUGGAGACUGCCAGGAACAUGAUGAAGUUGCUACUUGAAAAAGGUGACGAUGAACUGAAUCUGAUAGAGAGAGCGAGAAAAAAAGUGGAGAUUGAUGUUGGCGAGGAUGAAAGCAAAAAAUACCAAUUAGUAAUAGUGGGGCAUAGCCUCGGGGCAGGGGUGGCCAGUUUGCUGAGCAUCCUACUCAGGGAUAUCCCCGAUUACGAUGACGUCAUAUGCUUUGCUUUCUCGCCCCCUGCUUGUUUGAUGACUUCAGAUUUAGGCGAGUAUUGUUCGUCGUUCGUCAUGUCCAUUGUUGUGGACAGUGACGUCGUGUCCAGGUGCAACGUCAUCCAGGUG